AUGUCUUUCUCUAAGAUCGCUGCUGGCCUUCUUGCCUCUGCCUCGCUUGUGGCUGGCCACGGUUACGUCUCUGGCAUUGUUGCUGAUGGAAAAUACUACGAUGGAUACCUCGUGAACGAGUACUCCUACUCAGACAACCCCCCCAAAUCCAUCGGUUGGUCGACCAGCGCCACCGACCUUGGAUUCGUCGACGGCUCUGAGUACCAGUCUCCCGACAUCAUCUGCCACAAGGAUGGCAAGCCUGGUGCCCUGACUGCCCCUGUCACCGCUGGCUCGGAGAUCGAGAUGGAGUGGACCGAGUGGCCCGACAGCCACCACGGCCCCGUCAUCACCUACCUCGCCCCCUGCGAUGGCGACUGCUCCUCCGUCGACAAGACCAAGCUUGAGUUCUUCAAGAUCGACGCCAAGGGCCUCAUCGAUGGCAGCAGCCCGCCAGGCACCUGGGCCACCGACAAGAUGAUCAGCAACAACAACACCUGGACCCUGACCAUCCCCAAGGCUGUCUCGGACGGUAACUACGUUCUCCGCCAUGAGAUCAUUGCCCUUCACUCCGCCGGCAACAAGGACGGUGCUCAGAACUACGUCCAGUGUGUCAACAUCAAGGUCACUGGUGGCGGUGAUGCCGAGCCUGAAGGUACCCUCGGUGAGAAGCUGUACAAGGACACCGACCCCGGUAUCAAGUUCGACAUCUACAGCUCCCUCGACAGCUACCCCAUGCCUGGCCCCGCCAUGUUCAAUGCUUAA